GGGUGGGGUUUUUUUAACAAAAAAAAAAAAUACGCCACAAGCGCAAUCUGAUGAAAAAGAUCUCCAUCUCUGACUCGCUCUCCAUCUCUAGCCGCGCGUGACUCCUAGAGUAUAUGAAGAUGCUGAAGUACGCAGAACCAAGCUCUAUCUUUGUAGUGGUGACUCCUUUUGAGGGCACCUGCUUUGGUGCAUUAUUGGAAGUGAAAUUAGAAGAAGAAGGUUCAGCAACUCAUAAAACCCAACCAGUACUUGAAACUGUAUCACAAUUCACUACAAAGGAUUUGGGUCGGGGAAUGUGGAAAUUUUGUACCUUGGAUUCCAUGUUAUAUAUUUUGCCAGAUGGUGGUCCUGAUUUGUUUGACACGGAAGUGUGUUUCCCCAAAUGCAGUGGACAUAUUUUCAACAUCGAGACUAGGAAAGUGGUGACAUCAACCAAAUCACCAGCUCCCAAAUGGUUUGGAACUCAUGUGUCUGCAUAUGGGAAAAUUUACUCUCUUUCAGAUCCAUAUUCCUCACGUGAUCUACCAGAGCCGUCUUUCGAGCAGUAUGACCCUAUCACUCAGUCUUGGCAGGAGCUGUGUUCUUUUCCAUAUUCUGAUGAAUAUGGUAAAACACAGAUACAGGGUUAUGCCGUUUGUGCUGAAAUCUUAUUGUUUAGUAUAUGUGGCUGUAAGGAUAACUAUGGCGCGCUGUGGGCUUAUGAUGUAAUUAAAAAUAAGUGGCGUCCAGUCCAAGUUGACAAUAUAGGCUGCUAUUUUCGAGGAAGGGCCGUGGUUUCGGACAAGACUAUCUAUGCCUUAUCCAUAUUUCCCAUGGUUGUUGUGGCAUUCUCUAUUACGAGCAACCAAAAUGAAGAAGGGCAUAUUAGCUAUUCAACAGGCUCAUUGUUACAGUUCGAUUUUCCACUAUUUAUAGGCUGGAGAAGUGAUCAGCAUUUGGUUCAUUUGGGUAACCUGGUCUUUUAUCUUAUCCAGAGUGGCUUCGACGACGAACCAGAUGUUCGUCAACCUGUUUCUAUCACCAAAUUUCAGAUUGUGGGAGGAAGGGAAAUCAAUGUUAUAAGUUCAACGCUUUGUGAGGUGGAUCUUGGGGAUAUGGGGCCAUUCGAUGUUCAAUCAUGCUUCACGGUGUCCAGCAGCUGGUUCCCACAUACAGUUUAUGCUGGAGAGUGGGAGGAUGUCCCAGAAGAAGUGAAUGCGUGGGAGGCUGUCACACUCACAGAAGAAGCGAUUGCGUCGAAGGAGGUCACACUCGCAGAAGAAGAUAUUGUGUAUGUACGAAAGAUUGGUAGAUACAUCAAUCUGGGAAAACAAUUUCCUGAGCUGCCCCAAGCAAUUCCAGUUCCUUACCAAGCUGGAAUCGACCCUUAGCCUGCAUAUGAAGCAUGUUCCUCACCUCAGCCACCUGAGCCUUCAGAAGUGGCAGAGCAGUUUCAGCAGGGUUCCAACCAGCAAGAGGAAGCUCCUAAGUUAGGCGACAAGAGGAAGCUCCCAAGUUAGGCGAUUCAACAAGUGUCGGUCUCUAGCAAGUCUAUGGUGUACCUAUUCGUUUGUAAUUUGAUCAGAAAUAUAUUCAUCUAAUGUCUUUUCAGCAAAUUCAUACUCAUUAACUCGAGUAUUUUUGGUUCAAUUCACUUCUUAUUUUUGGUUCAA